AUGGGUUCUGUCUCUCCUAAUGUGGCCGAGCUUGAUGGCUCCAAUUUCAACAUCACCCGCUCCACCAAUCUGCGUGAUGUUCCUCUUCCUGGCUCUCCUGAGGAGAUGAGCCACUCCUACUGCACUGACCACAUGGUCACUGUGAGGUGGACUGUUAACAGCGGCUGGGAGACUCCCGAGGUCAAGCCCUAUCAGAACCUCAGCAUCCCGCCUACUGCGUCCGUCCUUCACUACGCCACCGAGUGCUUCGAGGGCAUGAAGGUGUACCGAGGCUACGACGGGAAGCUGCGCCUGUUCCGCCCUGACUGCAAUGGCGAGCGUCUUAACAGCAGUUCCCAGCGUUCUUCGCUGCCCGGAUUCAAGUACGACGAGGUGAAGAAGCUGGUUGCUAAGCUGAUGCAGGUUGACGGAUCCCGCUGGCUUCCCAAGGAGCGUCCCGGCUCUUUCCUUUACAUUCGCCCUACUGUCAUUGGUAACGGUCCUCACCUCGGUGUCCAGGUCCCCAAGGAGGCUCUGCUUUUCAUUAUUGCCGUUCCCUGGCCAGAUUUCACCAAGAUGAAGAAGGAGGGUGAGACUGAGCCCAAGAAGGGCCUGAAGCUCUUCGCCUCUACUCCCGACUCCGUCCGUGCCUGGCCCGGUGGCUUCGGCUCGGCCAAGCUCGGUGCCAACUAUGGUCCGUCUCUACAGGCCCACGGCAAGGCUCAGGCUCUGGGCUUCGACCAGAUCCUUUGGCUGUUCGGCGAGGACCGCCAGGUCACUGAGGCUGGUGCUAGCAACUUCUUCAUCAUCUGGCACAACGCCGACACUGGCCGUCUGGAGCUUGUUACCGCUCCUCUGGAGAACCAGCUCAUUCUGCCCGGUGUUACUCGCCGCAGUGUUCUGGAGCUGGUUCGUGAACGUCUGUCGAAGCAGGCCGUGGGCAGUCUGGAGCCUCUGCAGGUGGUGGAGCGCACUUUGACCAUCUCGGAGAUCGAGAAGGCUGCCCAGGAGGGCCGCAUUGUCGAGUCUUUCGUCUCUGGUACUGCUUACUUCAUUACCCCCGUUGCUAUGAUUCGCAACAAUGAUACCGAUAUUAACACUUUGGGCAAGAACGGCGAGCCUGCUGGCUAUGCUACCCAGAUCAAGUCCUGGUUGGAGGCCAUCAUGUUCGGCAAGGAGGAACACGAGUGGGCUUACGUCGUUGAGAAUGAGGAGAAAUAG